AUGUCCACCUACAAGCUCAAUCACACUGAUUCAUUUGGAAAUGGAGAUGCAAACGGUCUGCGCUCAAACCAAGAAAAUGGUUUCAGUGGUUUGUCUUCACUUGCUCAGUCAGAGAAAGCUGUUCAGGAGCUUCUUAUUCAGCAGACUCCUAUGCAGGCUAAUGAUGAUCAUCUCAUUGAGUUCUCAGAGGCUUUGAGAACUGUUGCAAAGGCUCUAAGAGGAUCUUCUGAAGGAAAGGCGUUAGCUCAAGCUGAAGCUGCUGAAUGGAAGAGAAGAUAUGAGUUGGAGAGGUCCAAGAACCUUGAGUUGCUUCAUAAAGCACCGUUGAAUGGAGUGUGUGCUGAUGAAUCUAAUAGCAACGGGAAGAUGGAUCAUUUAGCCAAGUCUCCGAGGGUUCAUGUCCAGGAGAAUGGGAAACCAGGAAGGUGUUCCUUGGAGCGUAUAUGCGCUCAUGAAGUGCUCCAAAAUUGUGAACCUAACAGUCCUAAUGGCUGUAUCAACAAAUUGAAGCGAAAGGCAUCAUUUAAGCUUUCAUGGGGAUGCAAGGGGCAGGUUAAUGAUCAGCACAAGAAAGAUAUUGUCUCGUUUGAGAGUGGGAAUAUCACUACAGCAGACCGCAGUAGUAAACAGAUUUCACUGACAUGGGAGAGCAAUCCACAAACUGUUAUUAUCUUCACUAAACCUAAUUCAACUUCUGUCCGAGUUCUUUCUGUGGAGAUGGUCAGAUGGUUGAGAGAUCAUAAAGGGCUAAAUGUUUACGUGGAACCACGAGUCAAGGCAGAACUUUUAUCUGAAUCAAGUUCCUUCGACUUUGUACAAACUUGGGAAGAUGACAAAGAAAUCUCACUUCUACACCCAAAAGUUGACCUUGUCAUAACUCUUGGUGGGGAUGGUACAGUUCUAUGGGCAGCAUCGAUGUUUAAAGGACCAGUGCCUCCAAUUGUUCCAUUUUCCAUGGGAUCUCUAGGAUUCAUGACUCCUUUCCACAGCGAACAAUACCGAGAUUGUCUUGAAUCAAUUUUGAGGGGACCAAUCAGUAUAACACUACGACACAGGCUGCAGUGUCACAUCAUCAGGGAUAAAGCAAGGCAUGACUACGAGACAGAGGAGAACAUGCUUGUUCUCAAUGAAGUCACCAUCGACCGUGGCAUAUCUUCUUACCUCACAAACCUUGAAUGCUACUGCGACAACUCUUUUGUCACAUGUGUGCAAGGCGAUGGACUAAUCCUAUCUACAACAUCUGGCAGCACCGCUUACUCACUAGCAGCUGGUGGAUCCAUGGUCCAUCCACAGGUUCCUGGGAUCUUGUUCACACCAAUCUGUCCGCAUUCUCUGUCUUUCCGCCCACUUAUAUUACCGGACCAUGUGACAGUGAGAGUGCAGGUGCCAUUUAACAGCAGAAGCUCUGCGUGGGUGUCGUUUGAUGGGAAAGGACGGAAACAACUUGAAGCAGGGGAUGCACUAGUUUGUAGCAUGGCACCUUGGCCUGUCUCAACAGCUUGCCAAGUCGAAUCCACUCAUGACUUCCUUCGCAGCAUCCACGACGGUCUUCACUGGAACCUAAGAAAGACUCAAUCUUCUGACGGCCCCCCUCAGUGA